AUGCUGUUAACUGAUCAAAAUUUUGUGGCUAUGUUUGGAGACACCACUGGCAUAAAUUUGUCCCAUCAAUGUGAAGCUGGUACUUCAAAUGUUGAAAAUAAAUUGGAAUCAACAGAUGGACAAGCCAGAUCUCUUGCUGCUACAAAAGAAGUGGAGGCGAAGACUAUAAAAACGGAACCAAUUUACGACAUUCCGUCAGAAGCUGUUCCUUCUUUAGAGGAAACGGAUCCAGCUCUUAAAAUUCAGUUAUUCGUAGUCGAAGGACAAGCACUUUUGGAUCUUUUCCGAUUUUGUCCUCGAUGUGGACAUCAAUUACGUGAAAAAGGAGCAGUUCAAUUAACAUCAACAAGUAAUUCGACUCCUAUUGUAAACUACAUCUGUGAUAUGUGCUCCCAGCAGAGUUCUACGAGCCAACCUUCACUUUGGGAAGGACGAAAAAUGGAUGAUGACAUGAUAAAGCAUGAAGUAGAUUUGUGA